AUGUCGACGUCCUUUCCCUGCAGCAGUAAAUCUUGUGGCAAGGUUUUUCGCACUCAGAAUGCUGUUGAUCAGCACUUUUUCUCCUUCCACAACAAGACAGCAUACGAUGCCACGAUCAAAGCUGCCCAGAAAGCGAAUGAAGAGAGAAGGAGGCAAGAAAGGGAGGAGGCAGGAAUACAAUUGGCAAUGGGGAAUAAACCAGAAAGCCAAAUGGACAGGUUAGAGACUCUGUUGAGAGGUCCAAAUCCCCCGUUCAGCGAAACAGUCUUGCAGAAAAAUGGCUAUCACGAACCCCCGAGGUUCAACGGCCAACCAGACCCCACUCCCAGAUUUGUCGCCCAGAAUAGGGCAUCUGAAAUGGGCCCACCUUCAAGAGGAGCCCCAUUGACGUCCUCUUCUCAUGACAAAGAUCGUUCCUCGCGGCGUAGCUCUAUGCUCAAUACAGAAGUACAGAGAGUCGGUAAUUACGCCUCGCCCUCGACGACAACCUCUGAAGUACCUCAAUACGAGUACUAUGAGAAUGAUGCAUAUUUCUCAUACGGUUCGGACAACGCUGUCCAAAAGGAUUGUCCAGAGCCUCUCCCCUGUGAGGAUUGUAGCUUCCUUUUCCGGGACCAAGAAUCACUAGAUUACCACAUCAGUACCAAGCACCGGCCACCGCCCUGCUUCGUCUGCCAUAAGCCCUUGCCUCGCGAUCAAAGCAUCGAUGAGCAUCUCGAAACAGUGGCCCAUGAGUGCGCCCACUGCCACACCCCCCUGCCCCUCAGAAAGUCAGGGGUGGUAUCGCAUAUGUGGUUCUCUCACCCGUUCGUUUGUAGGGAGUGUGGAUGUAGUCUGCCAAACUCGAGUGCUCUGGGUCGGCACAUGAGCACUGUACAUGGAAAUGGGGGAAUUUGGUGUCAGGUGUGUCAGCCGCCAUGCGGGAGGACUUUUGACACGCAGGAAGGCCUCGACGGGCAUAUCAAAUCCGUGCUGCAUGGGAACUCAAAAGCUGCUGGUACCCGCCGUAGCGAGUAUGGAGGGACUGCCCAGUGGGUAUCUCAAAAUCAAGCUCGUCGCCGUGCGCGUGAGGAAAAAUCCUCUGUGCCAGAGAGCUCUCGAUCAUCUCGGCGCUCAGGUUCCCGCCGGAACCAGGGUUCAAUUGUGAUUAAGGAACCCCCAUCUCUACCAGCCCGUCCUGAAGAGGAAGAAGGUCCAUAUAUGCCUAGGAAAUCUUCAUUUUUACCUCCUGUCCGUCAUGAAGAAGAAGGCACAUUUGAGUUAGGAAGCCCACCGCGACCAGCUGCUCGCCAUAAAUUUAAUCCUCUAAUCACAGACAGUCCUCCUCAACCUUCCACUCGGCGCAAAAGGGAUCUAUCUGUAGCUGGGAGCUCUGCAGGGUCAACGACUCAUCAUACAGAAAUCUCUUCCGUGUCAGGAAGAUUUCCGGCAGUCGUCAGCAGUGACGAAAAUCGAUUUCGAUGUAAUUGUGGUAGUAAUACCUGCAUUAUGUCAUGCGAAGGCCAUCAUACCCAGACAGAUACCACCCCUAUAGAACAAGCUAUCUUAGAUUCUAUGUCCCAGCAAACACGGCGAUCGCGAGCCACACCAGUCCAGCUAAUCCAGCCAAUCCAGCCAGUCCGGCGAGCCGCACUGAUUGAGCCCAUACAGCCAAUCCGGCGAGCUACACCAGCCCAGCCAGUCCAGCUAGCCCAGACAGUCCAAUCAAAUCAGCCAGACCAUCCAGACCAUCCAGACCGUCCGGACCAUUCAGAAAAAUUGCCCCAACCAGCUAAACCAGUCCAGCAAGCUCAGCCAGUCCGGAGCAAAAGCCCCAUCAGUUCAUUGAAAAAGCAAAGAUGCCUAACGUAUCCAUGCUGGACAUGCCACCCGUUCUGCGGGAACGUAUUCGAUACCGAAGAGGCAAAGAAAGCACAUAUCAAGUCCGUGAGUUUGAAGGGGAAGUCUUCCAAGCGUUUGGAUACGAAUGAGAGCUAUUCUGAGUUUCUGAGUACGAGUGGAAAACACUCUGAGCUUUUGAGUACAAACGAGAAGUCUCAAAGCCUAGCCAUCCGCCGGAGCAGAACUCUGUUCCUAUGCGAGAGCUGUGAUCCAGCAUGUAACCAGAUAUUUGAGGUUCGUGAAGCUUUAACAGCUCAUAUCGAGCAAAAGACACAUCUUGAGAUCCAAAAUUUGGAGGAAGAUAUCAGAUCGGCAGAGCAAACCGCUCAAAUCCGGAUCGAAGCUCUUGAGAAAAAACUGGAAGAAAUGAAGGAAACGCAUCGUCUUGAGAUCGAGACCAUGAACACAGAUCUUGAAUUGAUGAGAGAGAGGAUUUUUGAUAUUGACACCCAAAUCUUACCUUCCUUUGCAUGUGGUUUAUGCAAGCCAUUCUGCGGAAAUAUCUUCGACACCGAGGAAGCUGUCGAAGAGCAUCUAGAUAUCGUAUUGGAUAAUGCGAUGGACACACGUCUCAAAUCGUUCAGAGAGAAAGAUGCUUUUGAUGCCAAGAAAGCGAAAUUUCCAAUGGAAUGUUAUACGUGCACGCCGCCCUGCGGGAGCACCCUCGACAGCUCUGAAUGUCUGAACCAGCAUCUAGAUCUUAUGAUCGAAAAAUCACAACACCUGAUCACUCGGUAUUCCAAGCAAGAAUUCCCAUGCAAUAAAUGCGAUCCAUCUUGCGGAAAGAUUUUCGAUUGCAAAGAGGAUCUAGAAGCUCACUUGGUGCCUGCGGCAGAGACUGCGGAGGUGGUGGAAAUUACUGAACCCCAAGAGGUCCCUAAAACUGACUGUGAGUCGCAAGCCGAAACUCUUGUUGAUUUGGAAUCCCCAAAAUUACACGAUAAAAGUAUGCGGGACUUCCAGCGGAUUUUGGACGCCCGCACUGCGCGGAAAAAACGAGCAGAACAAUCUAUUUUGGAUAUAGUAGAUCAAUUUUCAUGCGAUACAUGUAGCCCUCAAUGUGGGCGCAUCUUCAACACCGAGGAAGAGCUACAAAACCAUCAGAGCUUUAUAGAGGAAAAGAAUCAGCGUAACGCCACACGCCCUAGCAUGGACCGGUGGUCUUGGUUAAUUAUAGAGACCCCGGAUGCUGUCGAAAAUUUGCUGUCAAUGACACAUGAGCAAGAUGUUCUUUUAGAAAAUGAAUAUUUCGAGCCCCCUCAAAGGUUCGGUCACCAGGAUCAAACCAAAUGUAUUCAUUGCCAUGGUGUUAAAUCGAAGCUAGAUCUAGAGGAAAACAUUAUCUGUUCGUACCAUACUGGUAGAUGGGAGAAAGAUGGAGAUAAAACUCGCCCCAGCUGCUGCAAGAAAAGAAUCAAAGGAUGCAAAGUCCAAGAUAAACACUCAUUCAUAAACAGUGAGAAUCUCGAAAAACCGAUAUUCCAACUAACACCAACGCCAUCUUUCCUCCAUCCGAAACGAAAAGCAGUCGUUCUUGGCUGUGGGGUGGGAGUCUCCACCCAGGCGACUAGCGAGUUAAUCCAGCUCAUUGCAAUCGACUUCUUCACCGGGGAAGUCUUAAUCGACAUGAUAGUUCGUCCUAGAAAACAAAUAGUCGACUACAGAACACGAUGGACCGGGGUCACAGAAGAUAUGGCACAGCAUGCUAUCGCAGCAGGGGAGUUUUUGGACUCCUUUGAAAAUGCAAGAGCAGAGCUUUUGAAAUGGAUAGACAGUCAGACGAUACUCAUCGGUCACUCGCUAAAUAUGGAGUUGUGGCAUUUACAGCUCAGACACUCUUUAGUUAUUGAUUUGUCUUUAGCCAUACCGCAAGCCGGAUACAAGCCACUUAAAAGGUCGAAGGGCAAAAACCUGAAAGCCAUAUUGCAGAACUUCUUAGCAGAAAUUAUUCAGGACGACAUUGAUGGGUACGACCUUCUGGAGAAUUUACGUGGGGUAAGGGAGUUGAUAAUUAGGUUGAGCGGAGGUGGUACAGCUCUUAAUGCGGAUUAUGAAGAGGAAGAGGUUGAAGAAACUUCCUAA